AUGAAUCCAUUAAAUCGUCUUAAUCUUCUCUUAUCUGAUAUACUUCAAAAUGAACCAUCAUCAACGAUAGGAAUUAGUCAAGAAUCAGUAAAUAAAACAUCUUCAUUAAUGACAUUUGCUGAUCAUGAUUACCAUUCUUCACCAAAAUUACCUUCAAUCACAGCAUCAACAUCAACAUUACCAUUACCACCACGUCGUGACUCGUCAUUAGUGAAACAACAUCGUCAACGUCAUCGUAUUCAACAGUCUGACAUACAAAAACAACAGACGACACAACCGCUUCUAAAUUCUUCGACAUUAGAUGAUUUAUUUCAUGCCUUAACACUCGAAUGUGAACAAUAUUUAGCUGAUUCAUUAUCAACAACAUAUGCAAAUAAAACAUAUAAUGAAAUAAUUGUUCAACCUCCUCCUCCAAUAAUGAAACAAACAAAAAUUGAUUCGACUGAUGAUGAUUAUGAAAACUUACAUUCAUCAAGUUUAUCAUCUUCAAAUGGAAAAACUCCACUUAAAACAAGUAUUGAAGUAAUGAGUCCAGAAAAACGACAAGUUGUUUCAAUACAUGUUUCAUCAAAAUUAUCCUCGAAUCCAUUAGUAACAUCAUCACGUACUUAUCCAUUACUAUCAUCAUCUUGUACAACAACAACAACAACAGGAAAUGUACCACCAAUAAUAUCUCAUUCAAGUGAUGAUGAUGAUGAUAACUCUACAAAUGUAUCAUUAACAAAUACGAAUCGUAAGCGUCGUUGUCGUCGUAUUCGUAAACAACAAAUAAUAUCAUCAACAAUUCAGUCAAGUUCAUCAUCCGAUGAACGAACAGAAAUAAUUAAUGAGAAAAAAGCAAUUAUUUCAAAACGUUCAUGUAGUACUGAUCAUCGUCAACAACGCAUAAAAAGUAUUUAUGACAAUCAGCCUUUAGCAUUACCUGCAAGACGUAUACGUCGACGUGAUAUUUCAUUGCAACAAAAUUUACCAAUUUCAACAAAACAUUAUGAAGAUAUUUCAUCGCGUUUUGUAGAAAAUCUUUGUUCACCUCUUUCAGUUUUAUUAACAUCAACAAGAUCAACAAGUGAUUUUGUGGGUCGUAUACAACAACAACAACAACAACAACCAAGACGAUCACGUUUUGAAUUUAUUAAUCAGCAACCAAUAGCAUUACUUGAUCGUAUGCAUCAUCAAUUUUAUCAACCAACAUCAGCUCGUCAUCAUCAUCAUAAUAAUAACAUUCCUACUCAUCGAAUACCAUCAUAUCCGGUGUAUUAA